GCUGUGUAUGACACUGAAACGUUGACGCCAAAAGUUCCUGUUGCUUUGUCUUCUUUCGCUGUUAAGCAUCAUGUGUUCUUCAUCGAAAGGCCGUGUGUGGGGGUGGAUUGCGGCACUGAGUGUCAUCGCUGAAUUAUUGGUCUUUACAGCCGCAGCGCCAGUUAAUGUCACACCUGAGCAUGAGUGGAACGUUGCUGUAAGCAAAUCAUGCAGUCAAAGUUCACAUCGUUCAAGUAAAAACAAUGGUUUCUGUGGGAGGGCCUUAAAUGGGAAUAAAACUGGCUACUAUUACGAUGAAGAGCCGAACUCAAACUGCCAACAUACUAGCGACACUGAAACUACCAAUUGGUGGAGUGUGGAUUUAGGACUAGGCAUUUAUAUUCACAAGAUCAUCAUCUAUGCACGCGUUACUUUUCCGAAGAGAAUGGAGAAUAUAUCGGUCAUAUUGAAUGGAAUUGAAUAUUGCAACACUGGUGCAAGUGAAGGGGAUGCAAGAAUAAGCUUUGAUUCACCUCAAAAAGUACGAUAUAUACAGCUCACAAGAAUUGGACAAGACCAAGAAACAGCAAUAUUAAACUUUUGCGAGCUGGAAGCUUACUCGUGCAAUUUCACUCGUUGGGGUGAGAGCUGUGAAACGAAAUGUGGUACAGGGUGCCCACAUAGUGUGCCGUCUCAUAUCCAAUGCGACAGAAUAACUGGUGCCUGUUCAGGUAACUGA